UUUAGUUUUCUGUCAGUUUGCCAGUCGCGCGUCGGACACGAACUGUUAAACAACUUCCUAGUUUGACUUUGUAAUUGUACAUCAAAAUCAGAACAAUCAUGAGCACCAAUGAAAAUAACAGUGAAGUGGCCGUUGACAAGGUCGGCGAUGAGAAUAAAGGUGACGCCAAAAGUGAACUAAAAGGAGCGAAAAGGGCAGCAGAGGAAAAAACGACAGAGGCGAAAAAGGCGCGAAAGGAAGAAAACGGAGGAGGUGACGAAGACGACGAACACAGUGAUGAUGAAGACGUCGACGGGCUUUUUGAGGGAGAGGAGGAUGACGACGAUGAAGAAGUAGUGGAAGGUGAAGAAGAUGAUGAGGAGUUAGGAGAAGAAGAGGAUGAAGAUAUCGAAGGCGAAGUUUCAGGUGAAGAAGAAUUAAUUGCAGAGGAGGAAGAAGACGAUGCGUAAUAACGCUUCGUGCCUUUUAUGGACAAUGUCACAGUGAAGUGUUAGUGCUCGUGACGCCUUGGACUGACGCGGCCCCGUCUCGCCCCAACUGUCUUAAAAGUCAAAUGAGAGCCCCAAAGCAAUAGAAGUUCACUACAGUUGGGAACACGCGGGGCCGACUCUGCUCCCACCUAAAACGGGUGCAAUUCUAAUUUAAAUGACAAAUGUAAUUAAUUAAGUGAAAUUGAAUACUGAUUUCCAAUUUUUUUACGAUGUUUUAAGUUGGUACCGAAGCUGUACUUUAAUUUCCUGAACUUGCUGUAAUUAGAAUAUGUGUAAUCAACGUGACUUAGUUAAUGCUGUUGAAAUUUGUCAUGUAAUGUACAAAUAUUUCUAUUUCCCUUUUCUUUAGGCAAACUUUAUUCUUAGUAAUAAAGCUCUGUUUUAGGUUUACCUGUUGAAUGGUAAAGUUGUGAUAUUUUUCUAUGAUGCCGGAUAUUUCACAAGUAGCAUUUACUACUCGUGCGCGCCAAAUUUAAUGGCGCCAAAAGUAGAAGACCAAAAUGUUUAUUAGUUAUAGUUACGUUUUCAAUUUUUUAACAAUUUUUCACAUUUAAAGCAGUUUUAAAAUUUUUGGCGGCGUAAAAGUUUUGAAAAUUGAACAAAAAUAUGUAUUAAGAAAUGUAAAUAAUAAUUUGGUUUAUUGAUCAAUCAACAUGUUUAGUUUCUUAUUAACAGGCAGAGUACAAAAUGAAAUAUGAAAUGUAAUUAAGUCAACCAAAGCUGUACUGAAUAAUAAGAUACGAGGGCAUUUGACACUGGAAAUACUGACGAUUAAUAUGUAUCCACUAUAGAUUGAAAUGACUUAAAUAAAAUUGUGGAAUGUGGAUACACGUAUGUGCAGAGGCAGACCUGUCUGCCUGAAUAAAUCUGAUAUGAAUGAAUUUA